AUGAUGAAUUCCAGAAGAGACACCCGAAACAACAGAGUUGCUCUUUUUGAUGGUAUUGAGGAGGGCGGCAUCAGAGCAUCAUCUCUUUACUCCUCAGGCUCUUCCCAUGAAAUUGAUGAACAUGAUAAUGAACAAGCAAUGGACGGAUUGCAAGAUAGAGUUAAUCUGCUGAAAAGACUGUCAGGUGAUAUACAUGAAGAGGUGGAUAAUCAUAACCGGAUGCUAGAUCAUAUGGGCAAUGAUAUGGAUUCUUCAAGGGGAGUCCUCUCAGGAACUAUGGACAAAUUCAAAAUGGUAUUUGAGACAAAAUCGAGCCGAAGAAUGUUCUCGCUGGUAGCAUCAUUUGUUGUUAUUUUUCUUAUCAUUUACUAUCUAACUAGGUAA